AUGGGUGUCGGAAGAUAUGUCUGCGUGGCUCUGCCAUUCAUUCUGACAGUAGCCAGCAUCAUCUGCGGCCUGAUUGCUGGUCUCACCGGUGUCAGUAGCAACAACCUCCACCUAUUCCGAAUCGACAUCACCAAUCUCUCGGUCGACGUUACCCAACUCUCAAGCCUCAUCAACAAUGCCAGCGAUCUCGUCUCUCGCUCACCCGACCCCGUCGAGUGGCACGACUCCACGCUCCUGGACAAGGCAUCCGACGCCGUCGACGAGGCGGAGGACAAGGCCGGCGAUGUCAGCGGCAUUGCUGGCUCGCUCUCCAGCCAAGUCGGGGAUACACGCAUCUACGCCGCCAACCUGAGUCUUGCCAACAUCUACGAUUUCAACAUUUGGGGCUACUGUAUGACAUCUCAGAACGGGUCCAAGACUUGCACCAAGGCAGAAUUUGACUGGGCAACGAAGAACCUGAAUACCUCCUGGAUCGACCAGUUCAGCGAGGUCUCCCACCUGAACCUCACUAUCCCAGACGGGCUCAAUGACGGACUCAACACAUACAAGACUGUCAACAAGUGGACCGAGGUGGUGUAUAUCAUUUCGAUGGUGGCGCUCGGUCUCGAACUGUUUGUCGGCCUGUUCUCCGCCUACUCGCGCGGCGUGUCCUGCCUCGUUUGGCUCAUCUCUGGUUUCGCCACUGCCGCGGUCAUCGCUGCCGCCGUCCUGAUGACGGUCAUGGGCUCCGUCGUCGUCGGUGCCGUCUUGGGCGUCUCGAGCCAGUACGGUGUCAAGGCCAGCGUGGACACUAGUUUUCUGGCCACUAUCUGGAUUGGUGUCGCAUUCGCCCUUGGCGCCAGUCUCUUCUGGCUGUUCUCGGCGUGCUGCUGCAAGUCCGAGAAGCGCAGCCACAAGCGAGGUGGAAGCAGCGAGAAGUUCCUGCCUCCCACUGGUUCGUAUGCUCCCAUCGGGGAACACCAAAACCGCACUUCUGGCUACGGGUACAACAACUUCGGGGCACCCCAACGCGGAGGAGGACGAUCGGAUCUCGCAUACGAGCCGUACUCUCACUCCCCCUCCCAUGUCUAA